AUGUAUUUAGAUGGAAUGGCUGAUAAGUGGUUCCAAGGGGUAAAACUUGAAAAACCUGGAUUGAGUUGGUCUGAAUUUGGAGAUCUGUUAUGCAAAAGAUUCUCAGAUAGUAUUUGCCAGGAUGUGAUAGAAGAAUUUAACAAAUUGCUACAAGAACGCAGUGUGGGAGAAUAUCAAGAAAAAUUUGAGGAGUUAAAACCAUUAAUGUUGAUUAAGAACAGGAAUUUGGAUGAGAAUUAUUUCAUUUCUAGUUUCAUUAGUGGCUUAAAAGAGGAGAUCAAACCUAUGAUUAGAAUGCUGAAACCUGCUACGUUGAUUGAGGCCUUUGAGCUAUCUCAAUGGCAAGAGUUCAGUAACAUAGUGCAGGACACUAAGGAGCUGAAAAAGAUCUCAACACAGGAGCUACAAUUCAGGAGGAGUAAAGGACUGUGUUUCAAAUGUGGUGAGAAAUACAGCAUAGGCCACCAGUGUAAGCUAGGACAUGUGAACUGUAUGGUAUUGGAGGAUGAAGAAGAUGCUGCCUUUGAAGAUGCAAUAGGGGAGCAGGAUGAACAGACAGGAAAUCCAGGGCAAACCAUGGAACUGUCCUUACAUGCAUUGUCUGAGUCUCUAAAGAGGAAAACGAUUACACUGACAGGAAUUCUGGAUGGGGAGAAGGUCUUUAUAUUGGUAGACACUGGAAGCUCGGAUAGUUAUAUCAACAGUGAGAUGGUAAUUGGGAUGGAUAUUGAGUACAAAUGGGUUAAACAACCAUUCUCUAUCAUUAUGGGAAAUGGCACCACUGUGACCAGCAAUGCUAUCUAUCCUAAUGUGCAAUGGAAAAUUAACCAGCACAGUUUCAUAUUCGACUUAAAGGUGAUGGAAUUAGGAGGUUGGGAUAUCAUACUGGGGGUAGAUUGGAUGACACACUUCAGUCCUAUUACAUUUGACUUUCAACAACUCAGGAUAACCCUGCACAAUGAAGGAAAUGAAAUUCAUUUACAUGGACAGACAGAGGACUGUGAUAUGGAUUUAAUUAGAGGAAAGGAUCUGAGAACAUUCAUCGAGUACAAGAGGCAAAUGUGCAUGGCACUGAACUGUAAGAGUAAAACAGAAGAAAGGGUAGAGACUAUUCCACAGGAAGUCUUGGAGUUGUUUCAAGACUAUGAGGAUGUGUUUCAAACUCCCAGCUCCCUACCCCCUAGCAGAAGUGUUGAUCAUGAAAUUCACCUCAAGCCAGAGGCACAACCCUUCAAACUAAAGCCCUACAGGCAUCCUCACUGUCACAAGGAGGAAAUAGAGAAACAGGCGGUAGAAAUGCUCCAAAAGGGCAUAGUUAAGGCCAGUAAUAGUCUUUUUGCCUCCCCUGUGUUGUUAGUUAAAAAGAAAGAAGGAACUUGGCAUUUUUGUGUAGAUUACAGAAGAUUGAAUGAAAUGACCAUCAAGGACAGGUUUCCAAUACCUAAUGUAGAUGAAUUGUUGGAUGAGCUAGCUGGUUCUGUCUAUAAAACAAAAUUGGAUCUCACAGUAGGAUACCACCAGAUCAGAGUUAAGCAGCAAGACACCUUUAAGACAGCUUUUUAG